AUGAAUGGAUCGCGUUUGCCGCUUUCGUUGGUUGAGGAUUUGUCGCGCAUGCGGCUGACGCAUGCAGCUGGAGACUACGCCAGUGAUGCGCGGAAAGUGGCGCCCGUGGUACCACCGAAGCCAAGGAAGCCGGCGGGUUGCCAAGUCGGGUGUGGCAGGGAGUACGUUUGCGUCACGGAAACAGCCGCCACCCCGCCGCCGCCCCCGCUGCCGCCUCAAGGCAAACCCGCCGCACCACCCACUCAGCUUUUGGCUGCCAGUUCGAAAGUCGUUGUGGCCAAUUGCAGCAACGGCGGUCGGUUCGGUAUAGCGGUUUCUCGCAGCACGGCGAGUAACGGCACACCGGCGUCCCUGCCGCCGGAUCCCGGGAGUUUGCACAAGGCUGAGCCCGUGCGGAUGGACGGCUAUGGGCGACAGCAGCCGCCUCCGCCGCCGCCGCCGACUUACGUCGACCUGUCUAGCAAUUACACGGAUUAUAGCAACUUGGCGAGCUGCGGGGCGAGUUCCACGUAUAGCAAUUACUCCAAUUAUGCGGACUACGAGAACCUCAACAGCGCUGCGAGUGUCGCCUCCUGUUCCUCGUUCAACACGGACGAUCUGCCGCCACCGGAGCCGCCUGUUCCAGCGAUGUACGCCACCACUUGUGGAGCAAUGUCCUCUUGUUACGAGCCGGCGAGUUCGGGGCAUGCUUGUUUGCUUCGUGGCGGACAUUUGCAUCACGGGCUUCCGAAUGGCUAUGCGGAACUGCGACGUGUGACGCCGGUUGUUGUCCCGCCACCGCCGCCGUAUCCCGCCGCCGCCACUGCGUGUUCCGUCGUUAGCUCGGCGUGUGGAGGCGUGUAUCACGGCGGGCUUUGUGGCGGACGGCCGCCGGAUCCGCAGAAUGCGUAUGAUGGAUUGGGAUCCAGAGCCGGCAGCAGAUGUUCAGGGCAUGGUAGUGUACACAGCGGUUCAACAGGCUACGGGGUGUUGCAGUCUGCGCAUUAUGGAUCCGGGGCAGUUCAAGCUAAUGGACAUUCUUCCUUGAAUCGCAAUGCGUAUGAUGGAUUGGGAUCCAGAGCCGGCAGCAGAUGUUCAGGGCAUGGUAGUGUACACAGCGGUUCAACAGGCUACGGGGUGUUGCAGUCUGCGCAUUAUGGAUCCGGGGCAGUUCAAGCUAAUGGACAUUCUUCCUUGAAUCGCGUGAAUGAUACCGGCUCGAAUCCGUCCUUGAGCUCGACGAGCAGCAAUAACAAGAAGACCGAAGUGGAUGCACUCACGGAUCUCUUGGUUCAAAGCAUGAAGAGUUCCUCGGAUCCAGAUUUCUUUGGUUUGUCCAUCGUUGUGAAUGAUACCGGCUCGAAUCCGUCCUUGAGCUCGACGAGCAGCAAUAACAAGAAGACCGAAGUGGAUGCACUCACGGAUCUCUUGGUUCAAAGCAUGAAGAGUUCCUCGGAUCCAGAUUUCUUUGGGUUGUGUCAGAAAUGCGGAGAGAAGGUUGUUGGCGAAGGAAACGGAUGCACGGCUAUGGACAAUUUGUACCAUAUCAAGUGUUUCACGUGUUUCAAUUGUGGAUUACAGUUGGAAGGGAAACCGUUCUAUGCAGUCGAUGCACAGCCGCAUUGUGAUGAGUGUUAUUUGGAAACAUUGGAGAAAUGUUCCGUUUGUCGGAAGCCGAUCCUGGAUCGGAUCCUUCGAGCCACUGGGAAACCGUAUCAUCCGAAGUGCUUUUGCUGCGUCGUAUGUGGAAGUGGAUUGGACGGGAUCCCCUUUACUGUUGACGCUCAUAAUCGGAUUCACUGCAUUGAGGAUUUUCACAAAAAGUUUGCGCCCAGGUGCUCUGUGUGUAGGGAUCCAAUAAUGCCGGAACCUGGGGAAGAAGAAACAGUACGUGUUGUCGCGCUGGAUCGGAGUUUCCACGUGAAAUGUUAUCGUUGUGAGGACUGUGGAUUGGCGUUGUCGUCGGAAGCCGAAGGCAGAGGUUGUUAUCCGCUCGACGGCCACGUUUUGUGCAAAAACUGCAAUGCGAAACGCGUCCGUACAUUGACGGAAAUAACGGUGACAGCGUCAGUGCAGCCGAUUCAACGAACGGGUUACGUGACGUUUCUGUACCCGGAAAAGUCGAGUUUCGACGGAGAAGAAGAUAAUUCCUUCGAAGCCACUGAAACCAGCAUUUCUUUGAUCUCUGGAAACGACGAAGAUAAUUCCUUCGAAGCCACUGAAACCAGCAUUUCUUUGAUCUCUGGAAACGACGGUUCUUCACUGACCCUCAGAUUCUAUGAUGAACGUGUCACGAUGAUCCCAGAAUCUGUUCGUUGCGUGCGGUCUGCGAAUAUUGACGGGAUGAAGUGUGAGAGGUUCAUGUUCCACAUGGCGGGUUCCAGGGAAAUUCAGAUUGUCGACUACGAAGACGCCAUGAAGGAGACCAUCGCCGCCGCCGCGGAAAGAGAAGGCUGCCUAGGCGGCCACACCGCCAUCGAACUCGUGUCGUGUCGCACUUGCAACUCUGUCCUCCUCGACGCCUCCGCCGCUGGCCCGCGUAUCGCGAUAGAGACGCCGUUUCUCGCUGUCGAAUGGCGUGCCGCCGCCAGCUCCUUCUUUUGUCAUCCGACCCACGGCGGCGGUGGCGACACUCAUCGAGACGAGCCCGUCGCCGGACCCGGCCGCCUCAUUGCAUUCCCUUUCAAGUUGAGAACGGACGGCGACGCGUGCACGGAGACGGUCGGCGGAGACGGCGCCGUGUGUCCCAAGUGUAAAGCGCUCGUGGGACUCGGCGAGGACUUGUUUUUGGACGCCGUCAAGUUGAGUUUUGAUGAUGAUGAUGGCGGCGGCGGCGGUGGUGAAACUGGGUUGAAGUCGACGUUUGAGCGGCUCGUUUGGGCUAUUGUGAAGGCGUUGCCUGGGAGGGUCGAACCCUUGACUUGUGUCCUGGUUCCUGUGGAUAGGGACAGUGUGGAGAAUAGUGUUGAUGCCGGCGACGGUGAGGUGUUGACGCUGAAAGUGAUCCCAGGACGUCUGUCUGUAUUCCAAGCAACCCGGGAUAUUUCCCCGAGAUCCGCCAUUUGCGUGGAAUCCGAAUUCUCACCUGGAUUCCGUUUAUUGUGGCAUUGUGGGGGUUUGGAAGAUGAUGAUGGUGUCAAGUUGCAUGCACCGGUUGCUCCUGUUGUGGCACUGGCUCGCUGUGGAUUCGACGCCAUCUUGAAAGAGCUGAAGGCUCUGUGCAGGGCUCAAGGCGUGGAUUGGCGCUCCGAGGGCUUCUCUUUGAUCACUGUGCCGAUUUGAGGUUUACCUUUUUAGGGAGGAACAAAAUUGCUUUUGAUAUGACGCUUUUUAAUUUUUAAUUUUUGUGGUUAUUUUGUUGUGAUUUUCAUGAGAGGGUGAUGGAAAAGAGCAGUUGAGCCUCGGUUAAUGGAC